AGGCCUGCGGGGAGGGGCAUUUGGUCUUUUUUCUACAAGCAAGAACGCUGAGAGAGAGUCCUGUGAUGGUCCAGAGCUGCUUGUGGAAUUCCAGAUCACAGGAUCUAGAUGCAAAUAAGGACGGCUUGGAAAGGUUCAGCUUACGUGGCGGCAAGACAGAAAAAUAUAGGAAAAAAAAAUCAUGUCAGAACAUAGCAGGAAUUCAGAUCAAGAAGAACUCUUUGAUGGGGAGAUUGAUGAAGAUGAAAUCUUGGCCAACUUGUCCCCAGAAGAGCUCAAAGAACUACAAUCAGAAAUGGAAGUCAUGGCCCCUGACCCCAGGCUUCCCGCGGGAAUGAUUCAGAAGGAUCAGACUGACAAGCCACCAACAGGAAACUUUGACCAUAAAUCUCUUGUUGAUUAUAUGUAUUGGCAAAAGGCGUCCAGACGCAUGCUGGAAGACGAACGUGUUCCUGUCACCUUUGUGCCAUCCGAGGAAAAUACUCAAGCGGUAUGUGAAAAAAUAGACAAAGGCAAUAAAAAUGUGUCCCAGUAUUUAAAAGAAAAGCUUAAUAAUGAAAUUGCUGCGCUUAGAAGAAAAUCAAAGGACAGCAAUGAUGUUGAAGAAACAAAUGAUGAUGAUAAUGAAGAUAAUGAAGAUGAUGGAGAUGAAGAAGAUGAGGGAGAAGACAACAGCACAGAGAGUGAUGAGAAAACCAAAAGAGAAGAGGAAGGCGAAGUAAAGGAGCAAAUCACAAAUGGCGAGAACAGCUGCCAACAGGUGACUAAUAAAGCAUUUGAAGAACAGAAGGACAGACCUGAACCCCAAGAAAAAACUGAGAAAAAAAUAUCAAAAUUAGAUCCCAAGAAAUUAGCUCUAGAUACCAGUUUUUUGAAGGUAAGUGCAAGGCCUUCAGGAAACCAAACGGACCUGGAUGGGAGCUUGAGGCGAGUGAGACAAAAUGACCCUGACAUGAAGGAACUCAACCUGAACAACAUUGAAAACAUCCCCAGGGAAAUGUUACUGGACUUUGUCAACGCAAUGAAGAAAAACAAACACAUCAAAACCUUCAGCUUAGCAAACGUGGGUGCGGAUGAGAGCGUAGCAUUCGCCUUGGCCAACAUGUUGCGUGAAAAUAGGAGUAUUACCACUCUCAACAUCGAGUCCAAUUUCAUCACAGGCAAGGGCAUCGUGGCCAUCAUGCGGUGUCUCCAGUUCAAUGAGACACUAACCGAACUUCGGUUUCACAAUCAAAGGCACAUGUUGGGCCACCAUGCUGAAAUGGAAAUAUCCAGGCUCUUGAAGGCGAAUAACACUCUCUUGAAGAUGGGCUACCAUUUUGAGCUUCCAGGUCCCAGAAUGGUGGUAACCAAUCUGCUCACCAGGAAUCAGGAUAAACAAAGACAGAGAAGACAAGAAGAGCAAAAACAGCAGCAACUCAAAGAGCAGAGGAGGUUAAUAGCCAUGUUGGAGAAAGGGUUGGGGCUGCCACCUGGGAUGUGGGAGAGGCUGGGAGGACCAAUGCCCGACUCUCGGAUGCAGGAGUUCCUCCAGCCUCCUCCUCCUUCUCCUCCUCGACCUCCCAACCCCCAAGCGGUCCCCUUCAGUCGGCGAAAUGAAGUGGCGAAAAAGCCAUCGCAGGCUCCGCAGUACAGGACGGACCCCGACUCCUUCCGGGUGGUGCAGCUGAAGAGGAUCCAGCGCAAAUCCCGGAUGCCGGAAGCCAGAGAACCACCCGAGAAAACCAACCUCAAAGACGUGAUCAAAAUGCUCAAACCGGUGCCGAGAAACAGGCCACCCCCAUUGGUGGAAAUCACCCCCAGAGAUCAGCUCUUGAACGACAUUCGUCACAGCAACGUCGCCUACCUGAAACCUGUGCCACUGCCAAAAGAACUGGCAUGAGAGGCAACAGAAUAAUCUCGAAGAACAAGGAAGUGAUUUAAUUAAAUGACUCUCAGACUAGAGCCUGGAGACUAUUUGAGCAGCAUACUUCUGGAUCUGGGUGGUGGAACUGGGAACAAUGCUAACAUCUGACAGGAGUAUUUUGUAAAAGGCAGAGUGCUUGGCUCCUGACAAAAUAGGGGCUGAAAAGGCAGGGGGAAGGAGAAAAAAAUACCAAUCUUCAGGCAACAUUUUCUACUUCCCAUCAGUUUGAGUGACUUAGGUGAACUUGAGAGUCUUCCAGUAGAAGGUAAAAAAAAUUUUUUUUUCUUCAUCAACAUUGGCUUUACUAUUACUUUCUUCUGGUAAAUAACAAUAAAUACUAUAGAAGUGUUAACUAUUGUAUUUCCAUUGUUCUCUCCUUCCAUCUACUCUGCUGUAAUUGAUCACACAGGAUCUUAAAGGGAGCAGAACGUGUUUCACUGUGUAAAUGUGAAGGGUGAUUUGAACUCCAGGCCCUUCGGAUGCUUUGAAAUGGAAAAAUUGUUCAUUAACUCUUCUCUGGAGAAUCAGUUGCAAUUUCCAGUUUCCAGCCCUGCCGAGCUUUCUGUUUUGGCCAUUCCCCUGCUGUGUCGGGAAAUAUAUUUCUGAUAGGGGUAUCUGUGAAGAGCAGGACACUUAAGUCACAGGAUGUGGCGAAAACAGUGUUUCCCGAAAAAGCAAGGGGGAAAACAAACCCUGCAGAUACAUGAAAGCAUCCCUGUUUCCAUACAUACAGAGACAAUGGGCGAUAGCAUGCUAGUUUUGUUAAAAAAAAAAAGAAGAAAAAACCAAAAUUUAUGAGUAAUUAUUUAUUGAGAAGCUUUUGGUUUUAGCUGAGUACAUGUAUUUUUUAAAAGUUUAAUCUGUAAUGAUCGUGAUCUUAUUCUUCUCAAAAAAUCUUCUAAAGGAAACUUGCUAUAGGAUUAAAUCUAAGUUCCUUAUCCUAUCAUUGAAGGCCCUUCAUUGCCUGGUCUCCAUUUAGUAACUCAGCCUUAUUUGCUGUGAAUUCUCUGUACUAUUUUUAAUAAAACAUCCUCAUGCCUUUGCUCUCAUUAACCCUCCUAGAGAAUGCCCUGAGAGACUCCACUGAAGUCUUCCAGACAAUUCCAGCCCCGGUGUCCUUUCUACCUUCCGAGUUCCCAGGGCCUUUAAUUACGUGAGCUAGUCACUGGGUGCAGAGAAUCUGAAAUUUUGUACAGAAGUGGCAUGAGCCCUAGAAGUCAGGAAAUGACACUUUGUUGCCUUUUCUUUCUUCCAUACCUGAGCAAAUAAUUGGCACCUACCUUCCUUCCUUCUCCUUUUAUAUAAUCAAAGGUGGUACAUCACAGGCAAAGCAGGCUAGGAGAGAAUGGAUUUAAUGGGGACAAACUUAAUAACGUUAUUUGGAAGGACAAGCCAUGGGGAAGAAGUAUGGUGUUUCUAUUUUUUAAAGAUAAUUCAGUGGGUACAAAAGUAUCCAAAUUUAAAUAGUUAAUAGUCUUCAAUCAAGUAAGUAAUUUUAGAUAGCCAGAGACUGAGAGUUUGGUGUUCCCCUACGUGACUAUUUCUAUAAAACAUCCUUGGAUACAAAGCCAGUUUUAAAAGGGCUGCAAUAAAUAAAAUGUCUUAAGUAUCUGUCAUAUUCUACAUUUCAGAGCCUGAAUUCUGAUGGGACAAAGGACUGUAAAUGUGUUUAAAAGCUUAUUGUAUAUUAGUAGUUGAAGUUCUAGAAAACCCUAUGCAUUUGCUUACUCAGCAAAGUACUGAUAGAUAAGUCAGGAAUUUCAAAAAACAUUAAUAGUCCUCAAAGAAGACUUUAAUCUUAGAUGUGCAAAAAGAAAAGAUGAUUCAAGUUCUUAUUUACCGCCUCAAAACACAGGUUUUGUCAAGUGACAAGUGAAGUCACUCACAUUAUGCUUUUUUCUAUUCAUCCACACCCAGCCUAAAAAUCUUAGUUGAAAAUUUUACCUUGUUUUUAAAAUGAAAUCAUUUAUAGCAUUUCCAUGCUAGAUUUUCUAUUAUAAUCCUUCCAGAAUUGACCCUGAGCCAUUAGUAAUUAUAAUGAGUAUAUAUUUUUAAUGUGCCUUGUCACUUUCUCCAAAUUUAUUGCGGUUAGUCUGCAGAAUUCACCACGUAGAAAAUGAGUCUAAAAUAUGUAUAAACCCUUGUCAGGUUUAAAAAAAGGAUCCCAUUAGAAUUCAAUUUUACUCUAGCUGGAAAUUAAUAAAGUAAGAACGUUUUAUCAAACAGUAUUUGAAACACAAGCUGAGUGUUUUGGGCUGUACAGAACAUCCUUAUUGUUUAUAAGGUUGUCACUGAGUUUCUCAGACAUUUAGUAGAGACCUACAGUAAAUAAAGUCUCACCCCUCAAAAAAAAAACUUUGAUAAAUUUUAUUCUUCAUAUGUGGGGAAGGGUACAUGUUCUAGACCAUGUGCGUGAAGUCAUGGUGAUGUCACUGUGCUAGAGAUGAACGCUGCAGGUUGGCUGAGAAAUGAAAAUGCAAGAAAAACAAGGAGCGGUACAGGCAUUGCUUCUAAUUCCAGGACACAGAGUCUCUUCAGUAAUAAGUACUGUUCCAACUGUCUUCAUAAUUCAGUGCUAGGGAAGCCUAACUAUUUUCUAUUCAUCUAUGAAAUCACUCAAUUGGCAAGCAAAACAUUUUGUAUAAUCUAUUCCUAAAUACAUGGGAAGUCAAAGGAAGAAAAUAACAGAAAAUAUAAACUCAUGCUACCUUAAUUCUAAUGUCUGUCUAUAAAAACACAUAGUUGUGCCAAGUGCUGUCUAAAAUUUGUAUGAACUGCAGAAGCCGGUGAUCAUUCCCAUUUUCAUUCCCAUUUAUAAAAGUCUUUAUGCUUGGUCAUCUAAAGAUGCUUUUCAGAUUUUAAAAGAUCAGCUGUGACUGUCUUCCUUGUGCCCACUAGGGAAUUAAUAAAAUGCACAUUCAUUUGCUUCUUUCUAAAUGUUCCAGUUAAAAAACUAAACAGUGAAAAAAAAGGGGGGCGACAUUAUCUUGGACACCUUUUAUCAUUAGAAAAACAAAAUCUGUGCAAUAGAAACAGAACUCAACUUUUAUUUUGGUUUUUUGUCUAUUUUUUUUUAACAAGACUAUCAAGAAUAAUACAUGUCACAAAAGCUGUAACCUCCUGAAAGAUACUUAGUUUGCAACAAGUUGACAAAACCCCCUCCUCAACAGCUAUCUUUGUAUCUGUAAACAAAAUAUAAACAACUGGUUUAUUCAGCUUCCACUGCACAUCAAACAGGAGCAAAGUGAUAGAGAUCAUCUUUGAUUUUAAAAGAAUAAUGAUAAAAACUAAGCUAUUUUAUGCCCUACAUGUUAUAAUGCUAGGGAAUAUUUUUGGAGGAGGAUGCUGGGGCGAUUAAAACAGGCUAAUGCAUGACGUCACCUACUUUUAAGAGUCUUUUCCUUUACUCAUCUUGCCUGGAUACUUUAUAGUUACUUUGUUUUCCUACAAGAUAACUGUAUUGUUGCCAUCCAGUCCGUGAUACUUUGAUUUUUUUUUCAUUCCCCUUAAGAAAUAGGUCUGAUCCUUUUCCUAUCAGCUUUCAUACACACACUUGAAACUUCAGACAUAACUGGAGGGCGGUUUCUUUUGGUUUCUGAGGGCUUCCUGCUGUAACAUCAGAGAUGUUGGCAGCGUGGCCCCCACCUGCAUGCUGCCCUAGAGAGUCGGAUGUGGUGCGUGCA